UUACUGAUACUUAUUAAACGCUGUUACUAACUUCUAGUAACUUAGACACUUAAAAACUAUAUUGCGGCCGGCGCUGCAGCUCACUAGGCUAAUCCUCUGCCUUGUGGCGCUGGCACACCGGGUUCUAGUCCCGGUCGGGGCGCCAGAUUCUGUCCGGGUUGCCCCUCUUCCAGGCCAGCUCUCUGCUGUGGCCAGGGAGUGCAGUGGAGGAUGGCCCAAGUGCUUGGGCCCUGCACCCCAUGGGAGACCAGGAUAAGUACCUGGCUCCUGCCAUCGGAUCAGCGCGCCAGCCGGGGCGGCCAUUGGAGGGUGAACCAAUGGCAAAAAGGAAGACCUUCCUCUCUCUCUCUCUCUCACUGUCCACUCUGCCUGUCAAAAAAAAAAAAAAAAAAAAAACUAUAUUGCUAUCCUGCAGUAUCUUGUUCCCUUAGAGUGAAGGAAGAGGAACUGCAGAUCAUUUUAAAUUUGUGUUGAUUGGGCCAGCGCCGAGGCUCACUAGGCUAAUCUUCUGCCUUGCGGCGCCGGUACACCAGGUUCUAGUCCCGGUUGGGGCGCCGGAUUCUGUCCCAGUUGCUCCUCUUCCAGUCCAGCUCUCUGCUGUGGCCUGGGAGGGCAGUGGAGGAUGGCCCAAGUGCUUGGGCCCUGUACCCGCAUGGGAGACCAGGAGGAAGCACCUGGCUCCUGGCUAUGGAUCAGCGCAGUGCACCGGCCGCAGCGGCCAUUGUGGGGUGAACCAAUGGAAGGAAGACCUUUCUUUCUCUCUCUCUCUCACUGUCCACUCUGCCUGUCCAAAAAAAAAAAAAUUGUGUUGAUUGGCUAGAGAGUUAUGAUUACAAGCAAAGCUUUUACUGGAAGUUAAGAUCAUUAUCCUUUAUUCCCUUGGUGCUGUUGACUUUAAAAUCAUGUUCAUUCGUAUGCAGAGGCCAUGUUAAAGUGUACUUUAUUUCUAUGAAAUGUUACCAGUUUGCUCAAAAAAUAGUGGAGUGGAACUGAAGCUGCCACAGGGGUUCUGGCUUUUAGAACUGCAGAGCCGGCUUAAAGCCUGUUUUCCCGGUGACUGCUGUGCGCUGGUGCUCUUAAAGGUAAAUGCAAAGUGGGACCCACAGGCAAAGGGCCCAUUGCUCUGCCGCUGUUUCUAAGACAGAGUUGUGUGUCUUUUUGUUAGCUCCUUUUAUCCCAGAGUGCAAGUAGAUGUGGAAUUGCUGUGAAGACAUUGCUCUUGUAGCCUCUCCUUGGGGCUGUGGUAGGGAGCUCGUGGCCCUGCAAGUGGGGAGAGGAGGUGGGCCCCCUGCUUCCUGCUGUCUCCUGUGCAGGAACCUUGCCCUUUGUGUUUAUUUUCCUCUAAGUACAGGGCUGUGAGGGAAUUUGUUUCAUCUACAAAAACCCUCACACAGCAAGUUGUACGGCCCACGUAGGGACAAAGGAAUGACUCAACCUUUUAGGGAUGCAUUUCCCUCCGUUGCUAACCUCUGACCACACUCUCAUGUGGCUGGGAGUUUAGAUUUACCCAUUUUCCCUACAACAGUUGGAGAGCUUGGUUGCCAGAAGGGGCAGUGAGAAAGCUUCUGCCUCCCAGAGCAGCGCACAGCCCACACUGGCUGCCACUCCAUUGCCUGUUGAGUCAUUCCCACAGUUCUAUAUAGAGCUCUUCUGGCUUUUCUUUUUAACGUGGUGUUCUUGGAGUGAGAAAGAAAGGACGUUUCCCUCUCGCUCAGAGUCCCCCCACCUCAAAUCUUGUUGCUUUCUCUAUUGGAAGAGAGGAGUGCCCCCUCUCCCACCCCAGGCCGUUUUCUCUCCUGAGCCCCUCCUGCUUGUGUUUAUAGCUGUUUGACUGUUUAAGGAUUAAGGUCCUCCCUGGGCUGGGUUGUUGCAGUAGAUGAAAUUUGAGAUACAGGCUGCUGGGUAAGUGACAGGAUUGAGGAAUUCUAGGUGAAAUGCCCAACAUGAAUUUCCAGUUGUCUGCCGUCUAAAAGUCAAUCGAAUGCGCAGAAGCGUCUCGGCAUCAUUAUUUUGAAUACAGUUGGUAAAAGGUCUGUGAGGGAAUGAAGGAGAUUUUGAUGUCGGGUAGAUUAAAAAGCAGCUUUAUGUGUAAUUUAGGAGGAUUGAAGGUCAGAUACUCACAUUCACUCUUUUUCGGAACAUCUGCUCUAGGCUAGUGGAAAAAGGAUCGGAAUUUCUUUAUUAGGAAAAGGCAGCUCUUACACAGCUUCUGGUACCCCUAGCAUGCUCAUAAAGCAGUUGUUUGGCCCAGAGAUUAAGCCGCUAGUUGGGACGCGCUACUGGCUGUUGGAGCACCUGGAUUCAGGUCCUGUCUCAGCUGUUCCAGCUUCCUGCUGACGCGCAGCCUGUGAGGCAGUAGUGAUGGCUCAAGUCCCUGGGUCCCUGCCACACACGUGAGAGACUUGGGUUAGUACUUGGCUCCUGGUUUCGGCCAGCCUGGGCCUUUGGGGGCAUUUGGGAAGUGAACCAGCAACCCAGCAGAUGGGAGUUCUGACUUUUUCUCAGCCUCUCCAGAAAAAACAAAAAGUAAAAAGCAAACAAAAAAAACUCCACACAAGUGUGUCACACACAGGCCAACAUCAGUGAUCUGUCUACUCACAGAUCACGGGUCUCACACAGGCACAAGUCAGGGGCUCUCUGAAGGACUGGCAGAUCUGAAAGACAGAUUACAGCUCCGGAAUGUAUCCAGAUGACUUUUUGAAACAGAUAUUUUAAUUGGAGUGGGGGUGGAGAAGUAGUUGAGCUUCUGUAGUGAAAUAUUCAACUUCCGUAGCCUGUUAUCUAUAAAUAACACAGAUAAAGAAGCUGGUGGAAUUCUUUUUCAGAAAACUUACUCAGCUCACAUAUUAUGUAUGUGUUUCUGUGUGUCUAAUCCCCACCCCACCCCCCUUCAGCAGCUCAGUAAGUGGACUGUUUCUCAGAUUCGGUCGAUUGGAUUGUGUUUAAUUCGUUGCUCCAGACUGCAUGAAUGGUAGAGUUCCUUAUAGUAGGGUUUUCAAUAAAAUCUUAUCUUUUUCUAGAAAGAGAGGAAAAAAGGCAUUUGAUCUGUUUUCCCAAAGUCUCUCCCUCCCCCCAGAGACAGGCAGCAAGGGGAGGAGCUCUCGCGCUUCUUACCACACUUCAUGUGUCUUUUUGGUUUCCCGUCGGCAGUAAUUCAGCUCUGUGCCAUCCUGACUUGCCUGAAGGUUGGCUAACUUGGUGACCGCGCCGCGAGGGGAGUGAGUUCUCACAGUCUGAUUGGAGCGUCAGGCAUGAGACUGAAUUUGGGGGAGGUUCUGUAGCCUCUGCAGGCAGCGUCUUCCUCCCGGACUCUGACUGCUGCACGGUGCUCGGGGCUGUUGUUUCGGAGAAGACCCCGUCAUGACUCUGCUGGAACCUGAGAUGCUCAUGAUGGCCGUGCAGGCAGUGCUGCAGUUGAAACUCCAGCAGCGCCGGACCCGCGAGGAGCUGGUGAGCCAAGGGAUCAUGCCGCCCUUGAAAAGCCCAGCUGCGUUUCACGAGCAGAGAAGGAGCUUGGAGCGGGCCCGGACGGAGGACUAUCUGAAGCGGAAGAUUCGCUCCCGGCCUGAGCGAUCGGAGCUGGUCAGGAUGCACAUUCUGGAAGAGACCUCGGCCGAGCCCUCCCUGCAGGCCAAGCAGCUGAAGCUGAAGCGAGCCAGGCUGGCGGAUGACCUCAACGAGAAGAUUGCGCAGAGGCCGGGCCCCAUGGAGCUCGUGGAGAAGAACAUCCUCCCGGUGGAGUCCAGCCUGAAGGAGGCCAUCAUCGUGGGCCAGGUGAACUACCCGAAAGUGGCCGACAGCUCUUCCUUUGACGAGGACAGCAGUGACGCCUUAUCCCCUGAGCAGCCCGCCAGCCAUGACUCCCAGGGCUCAGUGCCGUCACCUCUGGAGGCCCGAGCCAGCGAGCCACUGCCCAGUGCCACGUCCAUGUCCCCCACUCAGGUUCUGUCUCAGCUCCCGGUGGGCCCGGAUUCCGGGGAGACGCUCUUCCUGGGAGAGCAGCCCCCUCUGCCUCCCCCGCCUCUGCUGCCUCCCAGCCUCACCAAUGGAAGCACUGCCCCCACCGCCAAGCCGCCCCCCACGCUCAUUAAGCAAAGCCAACCCAGGUCUGCCAGCGACAGGCCGCAGCGCAGCAAGAAGGCCAAGGAGCCGAAGCCGAAGGUGAAGAAGCUCAAGUACCACCAGUACGUGCCCCCCGACCACAGGCGGGACCGCGGCGCGCCCCCCAUGGACUCGGCCUACGCAAAGAUCCUGCAGCAGCAGCAGCUCUUCCUGCAGCUGCAGAUCCUCAACCAGCAGCAGCAGCACUACAACUACCAGACCAUCCUGCCCGCCCCGCCCAAGCCAGCGGGGGAGACCCUGGGGAACGGCGCAUCCCCGCCGGUGCGCGGCGGCUCCAGCCCGGGCGCCCCGGGGCCCAGUGGGCUGGCGAGGCAGAACAGCACCCCGCUGAGCGGCAAGCCGGCAGCCCUGCCAGCCAACCUGGACGACAUGAAGGUGGCAGAGCUGAAGCAGGAGCUGAAGCUGCGCUCCCUGCCCGUCUCGGGCACCAAGACGGAGCUGAUCGAGCGCCUGCGUGCCCACCACGACCAGCCCAGCCCUGCCCCCGGGCUCCCCAAGGCCCCUGCCGCCGCCUCGCUCCUGUCCAAGGCUGGGGAGGUGGUGGUGGCCUUCCCGGCCGCCCGGCUGAGCACGGGGCCGGCCCUGGUGGCGGCGGGCCUGGCCCCGGCCGAGGUGGUGGUGGCCACGGUGACCGGCAGCGGAGUGGUGAAGUUCGGCAGCACGGGCUCCACGCCCCCGGUGUCGCCCACCCCCUCGGAGCGGUCACUGCUCAGCACCGGGGACGAGAACUCCACCCCGGGGGACACCUUCGGUGAGAUGGUGACCUCGCCGCUGACGCAGCUCACCCUGCAGGCCUCGCCGCUGCAGGUCCUGGUGAAGGAAGAGGGGCCGCGGGGCGCCCCCUGCUGCCGGAGCCCGGGGGCGCGCGACAAGGACCAGAUGCUGCAGGAGAAGGACAAGCAGAUCGAGGAGCUGACGCGCAUGCUCCGGCAGAAGCAGCAGCUGGUGGAGCUGCUCCGGCUGCAGCUGGAGCAGGAGAAGCGGGCCCAGCAGGCGGCCCCCGCCCCGGUGAAGCAGGAGAGCAGCUUCGCCAGCUGCCAGCUGGGCUGCCCGGCCCUGGGCCCCGCACACCCCUUCAGCCCCAGCCUGGCGGCCUCAGCGGCCGACCCUGCGGAUGCCCAGGUCUCGGCCCCGGGCCCGCCGGCCGUGGUGGUGAAGCAGGAAGCCGCGCAGCCUGAGCCCGAGCAGGCCCCUGCCUCCCAGCUGCUCCUGGGCCCCCAGGGCCCCGGCCUCCUCAAGGGGGCUCCACCUCCCACCCUCGUCCUCACCGUGACCAACAAGAACGCAGACGGCCCCGGGCUGCCCACCGGGAGCCCCCAGCAGCCCUUGUCUCAGCCUGGCUCUCCUGCCCCCGGUGCCCCUGCUCACAUGGACCUGGAGCGCCCGCCACAGCCCCUCUUUGGGACCCCCACCCCCCUGCUGAAGAAGGAGCCCCCUGGCUACGAGGAAGCUGUGAACCAGCAGCCCAAACAGCAGGUGAAGGAGAACGGCUCCUCCAGCCAGCAUAUGGACGACCUGUUUGACAUUCUUAUUCAGAGCGGAGAGAUCUCAGCAGAUUUCAAGGAACCGCCAGCCCUGGCGGGGAAGGAGAAGCCGCCCGCGACAGCAGCCUGCGGGUCCCCACCAGCCACCCAGCCCUCGCCCUCUGCUGAGCUCCCCCAGGCUGCCCCGCCCGCCCCGGGCUCCCCUGCCCUGCCCGGGCGCCUGGAGGACUUCCUGGAGAGCAGCACCGGGCUGCCCCUGCUGCCGGGCGGGCCGGAAGGGCCAGAGCCCUUGUCCCUCAUCGACGACCUGCACAGCCAGAUGCUGAGCAGCUCUGCCAUCCUGGACCACCCCCCGUCGCCCAUGGACACCUCGGAAUUGCACUUUGCCCCUGAGCCCAGCAGCAGCGCGGGCCUGGACCUGGCCGACGGCCACCUGGACAGCAUGGACUGGCUGGAGCUGUCAGGGGGUCCUGUGCUCAGCCUGGCCCCCCUCAGCACGGCAGCCCCCAGCCUCUUUUCCACAGACUUCCUCGAUGGCCACGACUUGCAGUUACACUGGGAUUCCUGCUUGUAGCUCUGACUCCAGACACGGGUUGGAGACGGGCUGGAAGCCGGGCGGCCACAGAACUAUGAGCAGCGUGGCGCUCUCCCCGUGGCCGAGUCUCGACAAUCAGUCCCCUCCCCCUUCCCCGGGAGCUGAGGCUCACCAGGGCAGGGGAGGGCGAAGCCGCCCACAGUGGGUCCCACAGUCGGGCGUUAGAGGCCCGGACGGGGCCAGGGCUAUUUGACCUUUUUUGAGGUCAGAGGUGCACGGUCUCUGGCUGAAGCUUGGCUAAGGCAGGGGAGGCCCAGCCAGGAGGCGGGUCCAUGAGUGAACCUGUUCUCUUGCCCCUCCCCAGGCCUGCUUUUUUGGUGUCUUGGUGUGGUGUAACCAGAGGCUGACGGCGAAGGCUUCCUGUACAGGUGUAUAUACCUCUACUAUAUACCGACAUACAUAUCUACACACACGGGGCGGCCAGAGGUGCAGCUCCCCUCCCCCUCUCACAGAAGGGCCUGGAUGCAGGGCUCCCCCAGGGUGUGCCAUGUCGGGGUGCUGGUGCCCAGGCCCACCCAUCACGUGUGUUGGCCAUGCCUCUGCCACCCCCUGCUGCCUGGCUCCCCGUCAGUGCCAUGAGAGCAGAGGCGCUCCCUGGCUCCGGCCAGCAGCUCCCCACCCGCCCACAUUCCGUCCCCGUUGCCUCACUGCAGCCAACAGCAGCCCUGGGGGAGGAGGGACCUUGGGCUCGACUCCCCGUUGGGUGCCAAGUGGUGGCCCCUCCUGGAGCCCUGGGGCCACUGACCUCACAUUCGGGCCUGAUCCGUAGGGGGUGGGGGUGGCAUCACCAAAACCUGUGCUGGGAUGGGUGGGGGGAGCCGUGUGAACUUUAAAAUAAAAGCAAAAACACCC